UCAACCUACUUGUUGUUCCCCGUCCCAAGCUCUCUCUCUCCACUGGCAUAGAGAAAUCCCUCUGUACCUACGCCUCUUGCUCUUUAAAUCAGAGCCUUUUGGGCAAAACCAAGCUUCAUCAAUUCCAGUUAUCUCAGCGAUGGCAAAUAUCAACCAUUCAUUGAAGUUAGUAGCUUAUCAUCAUCAUCGUCAUCAUCUUCUUGUUUCGUGUUCCAUUAUUCUUGCCCUUUGCUUCUUCUCUUCUGUUCCAGUCCAUGCCCUUAACAUUGGUGUUCAAAAAAUAGACGCAACAGUCUCUGUGAGUAAAGAAUGCAGCAGGAAAUGUGAAUCUGAGUUCUGUUCAGUGCCUCCAUUUCUGAGAUAUGGCAAGUAUUGUGGGCUGCUAUACAGUGGAUGUCCAGGGGAGAAACCAUGUGACGGCCUUGACGCUUGCUGCAUGAAGCAUGAUGCCUGUGUUCAAGCUAAGAACAAUGACUAUCUAAGCCAAGAAUGCAGCCAAAACUUCAUCAACUGCAUGACAAAUUUCAGGAACUCAGGAGGGCAUAGCUUCAAAGGAAACAAAUGCCAAGUUGAUGAGGUUAUUGAUGUCAUUUCUGUAGUCAUGGAAGCUGCUUUGCUUGCUGGAAGAUACCUUCACAAACCAUGAUUUUCAAAAUUGAACCUACUCAAUUCCAAUCAAAUAUUCCAAUUCUCAAACAAUUUUUAGGGAAAUUUAAGUUUCUCUUCACAAUUUUUUUUUUUCAUCUUCACUGCCUGAAUCUGGGUUAACUAAUGAUAUGUUAUUUUUCAUACAUUCAUCUGCUUGUUUAAAUUUAUAAUUGUUCUUCAA